AUGAACGGUGAUUCCUUUUAUGAUUGGUUUUGUGGAAUUUUACCUCUGUUGGACGAUAAUUCAAUUAUCGUAAUGGAUAAUGCGUUUUACCACUCGGUCAAGCUGGAUCCCGCACCAACAAUGGCUUGGAAGAAAAAUAAAAUCAUUCAGUGGUGGGAGGAUAAGAAUGUAGUAGUUGACACGAAAAUGAUUAAACUAGACUUAAUCGAUAAGGUAAAAGAGAUUCGAGCUACUGAAAAUAACGUUAUUGAUGAAAAAGCAAGGGAAACAAAUAAAAUUGUCCUGCGUUUGCCACCUUACAACUGUGAGUUGAACCCAAUAGAAUUGGCAUGGUCUGUGGUAAAAAAUCAUGUGAAGCAGAAUAAUACUACGUUCAAAUUAAAUGAUGUACGGCAAUUGCUGAUCGAUGGUGUUCAACGAGUUACUCCGGAAAUGUUGGCCAAUUUUGUAAAACACACAAUUAAAGAAGAGGAUAAGAUGUGGGGUAUUGAGACCAUUACCGAUGAAAUGCUUGAUGAACUAAUUCCAACAUCUCAACAUGUUCUAACGAUCACAGGAGAAACGAGUACCGAUUCCUCAGAUUGA